AUGUGUCGCCUUUCAGUGGCUUCAGUCUUCGUUUACAUCUGGUUGGUGGAGAGAAGCCACUGCAACAGCAGCUUCCAAGACAACAUGGGUGAGCUGCACACCAGGUUUGCUGUCAGCCUCUACCAAACCCUCACGGAGACAGAGAACAACUCCAACCUGAUUGUGUCGCCCAUGAGUGUCUCUCUGUCCUUGGGGCUGCUGCAGCUCGGCGCCAGGGGGAACACACUAGCUCAGCUGGAGGAAGCACUUGGCUACAAUGUCAACGAUGUGCAGGUACAGCAAUUUCUGCUGCAUUUGCAGAGCGAUGCGGGGAACACCAGUCAAGGGGCAUGGCUACAGCAGGCCUGUGCUUUGUUCAUCCAGAGCGGUGUCCAACUGCUAACGGAGUUUACUCAACACGCAGCAGCCUGGGCCAACACCAGUUUGGUCCGUGCCAACUUCAGCCAACCCAACCACACUCGCAGCCAGCUGGAGCGAUGGGGGCACUACCAUAGCAAUGAUGAAACAUGGCCUCUCCUGGCAGGAAGCAGCAGUGGGGAUGUUUCGGGCUCAGGCGAGCCCCAGAGCGAGGCCUUGUGGUGGGGUCAGCAGAUUCAGAUGGCCCUGGUCAAUACCGUGGCCUUCCGGGGAGUCUGGCAGAAACAGUUUCUUUUUACCAACACCCAGAACUUGCCAUUCACUCUGUCAGAUGGAAGCGCCAUCAAGGUGCCCAUGAUGUACCAGGCUACAGAGGUCAAUUUUGGUCAGUUCCGGACAGCAUCAGAGCAACGCUACACGGUUCUGGAGCUGCCUUACGUAGAGCGCUCCCUCAGCCUGCUGCUGGCUCUGCCCAGCGACAGGAAGACCCCGCUGUCCUGCCUGGAGUCCCAGCUCACCCCUCGUCAAGUAGCCUCCUGGGACACCGGACUACGGCGAACCAAGAUGGACAUUUUUCUACCCAGGUUCAGAAUGCAGAACAAGUUUAACCUGAGAUCGGUGCUACCCACCAUGGGCGUCAGUGAUGCCUUCAAUCCAACAGCAGCUGACUUCACCGGCAUAUCAGUGGAGGAAGGUCUGUACGUGUCCGAUGCCUUCCACGAAGCAAGGAUAGAAGUCACAGAAGAUGGGACGAAAGCGGCUGCAGCUACAGCUAUGGUGCUACUCAAACGAUCCCGCGCUCCUGUUUUCAAGGCGGACCGGCCGUUCUUGUUUCUUCUGCGACAAAUUAACACAGGGUCUGUCUUGUUUAUUGGGCGAGUGAUGAAUCCGGCUGACCAGGCACACUAAGAUUCAGCAAAUUCUUUGCAUCCCAAAAACCUUG